CAGGUCAUACUAGACUACCAAAAGUUAAGCCACUCCUUUUGCAACGAAGCUUCCUCAUUAAGCCUUCAUCCACCUAAUAUGCAUUUCAAGAUUGUAUUAUAUAUCAAACCUUGCGCGUCUCUUUUGCAAGCAAAUAAUAUAGAGCUUCAAUAAAAUGAAAAUGGAGUUAGAUCAAGGGCUUGAAGCUAAUGAACUGUUUCAAGCUCAAUGUCACAUAUACAAACACAUGUAUCACUAUUUGGAAUCCAUGUCACUAAAAUGUGCUGUUCAGCUUGGAAUUCCUGACAUAAUUCACAAACAUAACAAACCUAUGACCCUUCUUGAGUUGGCUUCAGCACUUGAUAUUCCCCCAGCAAAAGCAAAUUGUCUCCAGCGCGUCAUACGCAUACUGGUGCAUUCGGGCUUCUUCACUAUAGCCAAAGUCCAUGAUCAAGAAGAAGUAGAAGAAGACGGUUAUGUUCUUACAACUUCCUCUCGUCUCUUGCUCAAAGAUAGCCCAACCACCCUGUCUCCAUUUGCUCUAGCAAUGCUAAAUCCUGCACUGAUAACUCCCUGGUUUUCCCUUUCUGAAUGGUAUCAAGGGAAUCAGCUCACAGCAUUUGAGACUUACCAUGGAAAAGAUUUUUGGCAAUAUGGUAAAGAAAAUCAAGAUUUUAUCAAAUCCUUGAACGAGGGCAUGGCCUGCGAUUCUCAGCUGGUGAGCUUGAUUGUUAAGGAUCACAAGGAAAUCUUCGAGGGAGUUGCCUCACUGGUUGACGUAGGUGGUGGAACAGGAACUCUAGCCAGAGCAAUUGCUGAUGCAUAUCCCCUUAUGACAUGCGCAGUUUUGGACCUUCCACAAGUUGUUGCCAACUUGCAAGAAACUAAAAACAUGAAAUUUGUCGCUGGUGACAUGUUUCACUCUAUUCCGUCUGCUGAUGCAAUUCUGAUAAAGUCUGUUUUACAUAACUGGAGCGAUGAGGCAUGCAUAAAGAUUUUGAAGAGAUGCAGAGAAGCUAUUCAAAGCAAAGAUGAGGGAGGAAAAGUGAUAAUUAUAGAAGUGGUGAUUAAUGAGAAGAAAGAUGAAUGUGAAGUGGUGGAGAAAACAAAGCUCUUCAUGGACAUGGAAAUGAUGCUAAUAUGUACUGGAAAGGAAAGAAACGAAGAGGAAUGGGCAAGACUCUUCUUGGAGGCUGGAUUUAAUCACUACAAAAUCACUGCUACUAGUGGGUUAAAUUCCAUUAUUGAAGUGUAUCCUUAGCUUAUCCAUCGUUCUUGUCUGCAAACUUUGUUAUCUUACUGUGCAUCUAGGCUAGAUAGCACAAGGCACUUAAAAAUAGCAGUUUGCGACAUGACUAAUUUCACAAAAAAGUUAAUGGCCAAUUUGUUACCUUUUCCCGUCAAAUAACUAAUUUGGAAAUCCAAUCUUCUGUAUUAAGCAAGCACUUUGAUUUUACUGGAAGAUGAUGUGAUGAUA